AUGCAGAUCCUCAGCUCGCUGUCAGAGAGCUGGACGGGGGGGCGGAGCCUCUCGGCCCAGCAGCCUGGGAACGCAGCGUCUGCAGACAUGUUUGUGUUGCUGCUUCAUUACAUCCUGGUUACUCCAGCACACUCCAGCAGAUGUGGAUCUCCAACGACGCGCCCUCAGGCGACGGCGAGGAGGAGACGCAGAGGGAUUAUCGAGAAGAGGCGGCGAGAUCGGAUCAACAGCAGCCGGAUGGAGCUCCGCCUCCUCCUCCCUACAGCCUGGGAGAAGCAGGGUUCUGCUAAACUGGAGAAGGCGGAGCUCCUCCAGAUGACCGUGGACCAUCUGAAGAUGCUGCAGGCGGCGGGAGGGAAAGGUCCCCUGGACGCCCGCGCUCUGGCCAUGGACUUCCUGUCUGUGGGUUUCAGGGAGUGCGUGGCGGAGGUUUCCUGCUACCUGAGCACCGUGGAGGCCCUGGACUCCUCUGACCCGCUGCGCUGCCGCCUCCUCUCCCACCUCAGCUCCUGCGCCUCCCACCGCCUGCAGCCUCAGAGGCUCCUCCCCCCACACUGGGCGGUGGCGGCGCCGCCGUACAGACUGAGCGCGCUGCCAGAUGGUGGCGCCCCCCAGAGGCUGGUGGAGCAGCACCUCCUGACCUCCUCCCUGCUGCUCCCCUGCACCUCCACCCCGCUCUCUGCCUCCAUCUUCUCCUUCCCCUUCCUCCCUCCUGCUUCUGGAACUUUCAGUUCAUCCAGAACCGGACCAGGUUCUAACAGCUUCUCCCUGUAGACGGAUCCGAACCCAGAUCCUUCAGAACCGGUCCAGCUGCUGCCUUUAAUAAUAAAGUCUGUGGAUCAACCGGAACCUGGAA